ACAAAGGAAUGUCUAGUCUUGGAUGAUCUUGGAUAUUGUUGGAUAUGUAGGUGUUGAUGUAGGUCUCAAUGCAAAAUUAAAUGCAUUAAAUGAAAUUGUUCGGCAAUCUGAGUUUACAUCUUCAUUCUUACAUUGUAAUCUAAUCUCGACGCCAAACUGUCUCACACAGGGGAAAAGGAACGAAAUCGAGGCAGCAUGCCAGAACCAGUACAUCAUCAAAUAAAUGCUGCUCGAAAAACGUUCCAAACAUUAUACCAAAUAUCCAAAUUAUUAAAUACAAAUUUAGAUCCCACGACAUUAAGUAUAUGUAUUCGAUUAUGUGAGAAUGGUGUAAAUCCAUAUGCACUUGCAACUGUAGUGAAGGAGUUGCAAAGAGAAGUUAAAGCCAUGGAUAAUACUAAUCAGUUAGAAUCUCCAACUAGCAAAUCUAGUUUAAAUAAAUAAUUAAAUCCAUGUUAUACGCUUAAUAAAUAAAAUUGAUCUGAUAGUGAA